AUGAGAUUUCUACCCCUAUUGGUCAUGUUUAUGCUUUGCCUCUGUGCAAAAGCUCAAACGACGUCGUUUCUGAUAAACUGUGGUACAAACUCAACUGUAAAUGUGGGAGGAAGAAGAUGGGUAGGCGACACUUCGCCGGAAAGCAAUUUCACGCUUAGCUCCAACGGAAUCGAAGCUUUUAGUUCUGUCUACAAUGGCGAUCCAGCCUAUCGGCAGCUCUACCAAAGCGCUCGAAUUUUCACGGGCAGCCUAAAUUACACAUUUGCCCUCCCGAACGGCGAUUAUUUACUCAGGCUCUACUUUUCCCAGUUAGCUUUUGACGGUUAUAACCCCAACAACUCUUACUUUUCGGUCGAGGCAAAUGGCCUGAGAUUGGUCUCGGAGUUUAAUGUCCCUGGCGAGAUUGCCGAGAAGAACCUCCACCAGUCCGGCAACUCCAGCUACAGCUCGAUAUUGAAAGAAUAUUUCUUUCCGGUCAGCACAGGUUCGAUCGUCCUCGAUUUCGCUCCGAGAAAAGGUUCGUUCGGGUUCGUGAACGCGAUCGAGAUUCUUCCGGAGGAAGAAAACGGGCUUUUCACCGACUCGGCGAGUCGGGUUGGGUCGAACAGCGGCAAUGCCUCGUUGGGCUUGAGCAGACGAGGGAUCGAGACCAUGUACAGAUUGAAUGUCGGCGGUUCGUCUAUUGGGCCCACGCACGACUCAUUAUGGAGACGAUGGGAAGUCGACUCGAGCUACAUGGUUAAUUCGGACGCCGGCUCGGAAAUCCGUAACAGGUCGAACAUUACUUACGCUAACCCGAACGAGACUUUCGUGGCCCCACUGUCCGUGUACGAGUCCGCUCGGACUUUGACUAACACGGGAGUUCUCGAAAAUCGGUUCAACAUGUCGUGGAAGCUCGAGGUCGACCCGGAUUUCGAGUAUCUAGUUCGACUACAUUUUUGUGAGCUAGUUUACGAUCGGCCGAACCAAAGAAUCUUUCGAAUAUUCAUAGACAACAAAACGGCAUCGGAUAAUUACGACGUGUACGCACGAGCUGGCGGGAUGAACCGAGCGUAUCACGAGGAUUACGUGGAUUUCAUUUCCGAGAAGACUAAUACUCUCUGGAUACAGCUCGGGCCCGAUUCUACAACUGGGUCAGCGGGCACCGAUGCUCUCUUAAACGGGCUCGAGGUUUUCAAGCUGAGUAAAAAUGGGAACUUGGCUUACGUGCAGUCUUAUAGCGAUGUGAAAAAAGACGGGAAAAAGAAUUUUGAAGCCAAGAAAAGCAGCCCGCCAGGCUGGCGGCCUCUGAUCCUAAAUGGGUCUAUCGUGAGCAGCACCACGGGUAAUCAAAACCCAAACGGGCAACUCGGCGGAACCAUUCGAUCCGGGAGGCGUUUUACAUUAACCGAAAUCAAAGCUGCUACGAAUAGUUUUGACGAGAGUCUCGUGAUUGGAGUCGGAGGGUUCGGGAAGGUUUACAAGGGAGAAAUCGACGACACAGUCAUGGCGGUCAAACGGUCAAACCCGCAGUCUCAGCAGGGUUUGACCGAAUUCGAAACAGAGAUCGAGUUGCUGUCCAAGCUACGCCACCGGCACCUUGUCUCGCUGAUCGGUUUUUGCGACGAGCAAAACGAGAUAAUACUCGUUUACGAGUACAUGGCGAACGGGACCCUCCGGGCCCACCUGUUCGGGGCCGGACUGCCGUCGCUCACGUGGAAGCAGCGGCUCGAGAUAUGCAUCGGGGCGGCCCGCGGGCUCCAUUAUCUCCACACGGGCUCCGACCGGGGAAUUAUCCACCGUGACGUGAAGACCACGAAUAUCCUUCUCGACGAGGGUUUCGUGGCGAAGAUGUCCGAUUUCGGGCUCUCGAAAACGGGCCCGUCGCUCGAGCACACGCACGUGAGCACGGCGGUGAAAGGGAGCUUCGGGUAUCUCGACCCGGAAUAUUUCAGGCGGCAGCAGCUGACGGAGAAAUCCGACGUGUACUCAUUCGGAGUGGUGCUUUUCGAGGUGGCGUGUGCUCGGCCCGUGAUAAACCCGGCGCUGCCGAGGGAUGAGAUCAAUUUGGCCGAGUGGGCGCUGAGGUGGCAGAAAAAGAAGCUGCUCGAGAGAAUUGUGGACAAAAGUCUCGUCGGGAAGUUUUGUCCCGAGUCGUUGGCGGGCUUUGGCGAGAUUGCGGAGAAGUGUUUGGCGGAGGAAGGGAGGAAGCGGCCGACGAUGGGGGAGGUUUUGUGGCACUUGGAGUAUGUUCUGCAGCUGCACGAGGCUUGGUCGAGAGGGAAUGGUGGGAACGGGCCGGAUGAUGGGGUGGGCCGGGAUUUGGGGCCAGUCGAGGAAGGGAAAGUCGAGGAGGAACUAGCCCGGGAUUUGGGCCCGAUGGGUGUGGGGUUUGAAGAGUUUUCGCAGAUGGUGAAUCAACAAGGGAGAGGUCAAAAUAACUUGGGAUCAGAAGUGACUAACAGAAGUGACCAUCGGUCUAUAAGACAACUCACAAGAUCUGGUCGACAGACGUACAACUGGUCACAACGACUCCAAUUGUGUCUCGUCGAACGACGGUCGGCUCGGAGGAGCAGCAGGGUUUAUCUUGAUUCUCGGCGUGUGGCUACACCUCCGGACGAUGGUGGCUCGGGUCGUGCGAUGCCCGGUGACUGGCUUGGGGUUUCGUUUUCGCCCGUGCGGGUUCCGGUCGAGACUAACGAUGGUUUGGAUGAGAGGGACUGUGUUGUUGAGACCGGUGUGGAUGUGAAUGCGGUUUUGUUGGUGGUUCUGAAAGUGUUCUUUGUUGUGGUUUUGGCUUUAGGGACAAAAAGAUUGACUGUUGGGAUUACAAUAUCGGCUUUUGUGUUGUUUUUGCUGGAGUAUGUGUGUAAACAUGCUCCUGCCGUGUUGAAACCUUGUUCAAGGGCCAAAGGGGCUUUGAAAACCAUAGUCGUUGGAGUUUUGAAGUUAUUGAGAUUCAAGGAGGUUAAUCCGGAUGAAGAUAAUUUUUCGAAGCUGGGUGGAUUAAGUUAUGAAGGUCAGAAAGAGGUUGAGGAUUGUAGUCGGUAUUUUGUUAAGAACGUGCUAGAUGAAAUUCAGCUUCAGCCCGAGGAUGAGAUGAUCGAAGAAGGUUCUUGUCAAGAAAUGGAAUUCAAAGAGGCUGUCCCGAUGGAGAAAGAAAAAUCGAAGAUGAAAUCGAAAAAGUUUAAGCUAAAUUCAAAGAUGAAGAAAUUCAUCCCGAAGAAUUAA